GGGACAGUGGAUUUCAGCACGACUGAGGGAGGAAAACUCUGCAGCAGUCCUCAUUAAAAUUCCCUGCCCGUACACUCACCACGAAAACCACCUUUCUUUUUUUUUUUUAGUGGGUGGCACCGGCAUCCUGCGCGCCUCUUUAAUUGCGCACCACCAGCGCAUUAACGAAUCAUCACCAGUGUGUCCACGCAUCACGCAGCCUCUCUCCAGCUUUAUGUCCCGCUAUUUACAGCCUCAAAGCUGAGGAGAGGAGGGGAAAAAAAAGGUGCCGGUGGGCGCAGAGGUCCAGCAAAGCAAAGGGUGGCGCCCUUAUACGCAUCUCAAUCCAGCGCUUUGGACACGCUGUGCCGCGACACGGUCCCGCUCCCGCUCUUGUUCCUGCAGUCCUCUCCUCUCUGGCUUUCUUGUUACAAGCUCAUGAUUGUGACAUUUCUCUGUGGGGGGACUUGCAACAUGUGCGCCUGGAUGGUGUGAAGAAGUGUGACACAGCGACUUUCGGGGUUGAUUUCUCUCGGAUACGCCAAGUACCCGACGUUACGGCGCACCUUGUGUAAUAGAGAACCAUGAGCACUGUGGAGGAGGAGCCGGAUCACAUGAUACCAUGAAGACAAGCCUGCAGGUCCUGCGCUGCCAGCUGCUGAGUGUUCUAGCAUUUCUAACACUGUCAGUAGGACUGGUGUCAUCAGCACAGGAGCUGUACCUCAGCCAGACAUCCCAGGAUCCUGUCUCCAUGGCAGCCACCCACAACAGCCCCCUGUCUGCCCCCAAAACAUCCCCCUUGGACUUGCAUCAGGAAGGCUCCAGUAGUGGGGAGUGGUCAUCCAAAGGAGGCACUCAACCCUCAAACAUCAUCCUCCCUACUGUCGCCCUCCACCCUUUGGCCUUGCUUCACACAACCCAAAUUUCCAGCCUGGCUCAUGACUACCCUCCCAUUAGUGACGCAAAUACUGUCACCCCAAACACUGUGAGCACUGAAAGUCAUGUGAAUCAGCCUCUGGAGUCGAGCUCUGAUAUUGUAAACCAAGGCCACAUGCACAAAUUGGUCAGGGUACCUCAAGUCUAUAACCCAGUUACUGUCAGCACUAAACAGGCCAGCAGCAGCAGCAGCCCUAAAUUUCCCAGCACAGCGGUCCCAAAUAUAGAUGUGGUAUCUACUGCCAGAGGGGCUCCAAACCCCUUGGCUCUUAUGUCCAGCUCUGGAUCAGACAGAGGAGAUACACUCGCUGCACUUCACGUAGAGCCUCAAAAGUUGAAUGUGAAGGAUGUUCCAGAUCUCAAGCAUCCCUCCCUGACCUCCAUUUCUUCUUCAUCGAUGGAUGCUGACCCUGCAUUAGGCCUGAAACUCAGGGAGCAUGCUUUGGGCCCAGCACACCACGCCAUCACCCUGAGAGAGGUCCACACAGUGAACGAGCCCCCCACUAAUGGACUGGUGGUAGAUCCAAAAGUUGGGUCUGUCACUCCAGUCGCAAGUCCACCAGACAAUACAAUUCCCACUACGUCCACUCAAGGCAUGUCCACUGAGUCCACCCUCAAGACAGAGAAUUCAACAGUCAUCCCAAACAAACACACUACACCUAACGACAUUGGCACUCUUGGACACUCUGGGUUGGGAAAUGUAACUUUAUAUGGAGGGCUGGUCAACAGUUCAGUCGAGGAGGUCCACGAUCAGAGGAACAUCUCAGACCCGCUUACCGCAGACAGUGAGAAAUUCCUGAACCGGCAGGUGCCUGCCACUACCCAGGACCCCUGGGCGCCCAGCAACAGCUCCGGUCCCACUGUCGACUCCCCGCCCUCCCGCAUGACCAUUUGCUUGAGCAGGAUGGACAUUGUGUGGAUCGUGCUGGCCAUUAGUGUGCCUGUGUCCUCAUGUUCUGUGCUUUUGACGGUGUGCUGUAUGAGGAGGAAGAAGAAGUCGUCAAGUCAGGAGAACAACCUCAGCUACUGGAACAACGCCAUCACCAUGGACUACUUCAGCAGGCACGCUGUGGAGCUGCCCAGAGAGAUACACACUCUGGAGAGUGAGGAGCAAGACACCUGUCUACCCCCUAAUGGAGACUACAGCGGCAGCAGCGUGGUCCUGGUUAACCCUUUCUGCCAAGAGACCCUCUUCAUCAACAGAGAUAAAGCUUCUGGCAUCUAGAGACAGAAAAAAAAGAGAGAAACUGUUGGAUUCUCCUCUUCUACUCCCCCUGCUGUUGUUGUCUAUUUUAUAUAUGUGGUAAAUAUUCAGAGACUUUGACUUUAUACUGUAUAUGACAAACACAAAGAGCAACCAGAAAGAAGAUUGAUGUAAACAUACACUAUUUACUAUGAGAAUGCACCUCGCAUAUUUUUCUGAUGUACAUUUUCUACAAAAGGCUUAAUUGUGAUAAAAAGGUUUUUAUUGUCUUUAUAAAAUACAGAGUAUAUGUGGUUUUGUUUUCAUUACAGUGGCUUGAUGGCGAGUGCACUGUGGAUGCUGCCACAUAAAAUCUGCUUUAGAGAGAGAGAGGAACGUGCUAUGAAAAACAUUAAAGCAGUUCUUUGUAAUUUUAUUUUUCCUUUAAAAUCAAUCCCAAAAUACUUAUAUAGCCUGUUGAACUUGAAUAUAGCACCUACGUAUUUGAGGGGGGGAGGGGGACUGAGAUUUGUGGCAAAAUACUGUUCAUGAGAUCAGGGGCCAUAUUUAUCAAACUGAGCAAACUUAGGAGUGAAUAAGACGUAUUUAUCAAGCGACUUACUCCUGUAACUUUGAAGAGCUGCUCUCAAGUGAUCACAUGAUUAAUCACAUGUAUGCUCUGAGCAAGACCAACCAAUCAGAAACAUGGAUUUGCCGUACACCUGCCCCAUUGUUCAUUCGUCUUUAUCUUAUUUUUCCGUUUUACUUUGCAGCGUUAUUCUGCCAAAAUAUAUAUUUUUUAAGAUUUAAUUUUCUUUAUGUGAGCUUUUGUAGAUUUUUUUUUUUAAAGCUUCAUUAAUUGAAUUGUUUGAGUAAAAUACAAUAUACAGCAGAUUAAAGUAGGACAAAAUCAAACAUUUAAAGUGACUAUAAUCAGUGUUUUAUAAUAACAGUGUAUGUGUCUUUAUGGAGCUCUAUAGUGAGUUUCAGCUCAUUGUUUAGCAGUAUAACUUUACUGUUUUCAGCUCAUUCAAAUCUCAUUGUACACUACCUGCUCAGCAUCAAACAACAGGCAGAGACAGUUGGCACUAGCCGGUGAGCGUAGUGGAGCAUUUAGCAGUAGUUGGUAGAGACCAAAAUCAGAGCUAAAAGAGGGUGAUUAUUAAACAAAAAUUCACCAGGUGGACAUAAACAUGACUAAAAAUGAAUGAUGAUGUUGUUCCGUGACUGCUGGAUGUGUAUAAACAUUUUCAACACGUUCGCAAUAUCAAUUCACAAGCUGGUAAUAUGUCAGUAUGUGUUUGUAACUUGUUUUUGCUGCCCUCAUGUGGUCAAGAAAUCAGUUAUUGCAGGUUUAAAAAGUUUUAAAACAGUCACAAACAUACACAGUAUAUGUACAUUUUUAGAUUUGUUAUGUUAUCCUUUUAAAUAGGGAUUGGAUAAAAAGAAAUGAGAUGAAAUGAAAGAAAACUGCAAAACUGAAGCAGGAAAGAAAUUCUUCUGUUGGCUUCUUAAAUUUAAUAGCAUUGUCUAAUCAUAAGAAAUGUGAUAAAUAUUUUUAUUCUCAUGUUUGCAAUUUAAAAGUGAAGCAUUUUUGUUGAACUUUUUUUUUGCAGUUUGAUAAAUACGGGCCCAGAUUGAAGUGGUUGAUUUGAGCAGAAUAUUUGGGUGAUUUUAGGGUCUACAUCCUGCAGUUUGGACUGACUUGAAAUGGCUUUCCCCCUCAUGUGUCACCAGCUUCUAUUAAGAGGGACCACAUAGAUGUCUUAAUUCCUUAUGUUGGCCCUUAAUAUAUCAGUAUGUGUGCGUGUGAAAGCCCUGUUUGUGCAUGUAGGCAUACUCUUUGUGAGUGUGGAUGGAUGAGUUUAAAUGUGCUGCCCCCCUUAACCAAAUAUCACUGUUACUUUAAGUCAAACAAGACUUUGUAUCACUUUCAGCUCCGUUUGAUCAGUUUCUCUGUGUGUCUGUCUGUGCCUCUGUAUGUGUCUGUCUGUCCUUCUGUCUGUCUCUUGUCUGUAUCGUGGGGUGGCUACUGGUUAUAAUCCAGUUUGAGAGAGUUUCUCAGCGCUGUAGGAAACAAUUAGACCAACUUUGCUAAUGUAAAUGUCUCCCUCCAUAAAUACUGUGUUUGUCCAUCAAUGCAAACUGUGUUUGUUGAAGUGUUGAAUGAUUGUUGAAUUAGUUGCUGGACCACAUAAUACAUGUUAGAGGCUGUUGACCAAUAAAAACACUGAGAUAAAUAAUGUAUGCUGAAUAUUUACUGUGAGCACAUACAGAGGCAGUUUAAUCAAAAAGAGAAAAAAAAAGUGCGUUUGAAUAUUUUGUUUUAAUUAUUGAACCUGUGGUCCUUCUAUCAUCUGUUUCACUUUGCAUUGCUGCAGUUUUCUUCAAUAAUCAAUGCUGCCUGCCUCUAUCGUCGCUAAAGAUUUUCUGCAUUGUGAGAUGUUGUUCCAAAAUCGCCGAGUCAAAAGGUGACUUUGAAUAACACGGUUAAACAUAUUGAUAUUUCCUGCAUUGGAUGCUCACAGCUGGGCUUCUUGUUUUGCACGCUCAAAAGUGGAUAUUUUACAAAACGUUCAGUGGCACGGUGGAGCAGUGUUCAACAUUAUGUAUUUUUUGUACUGUAGUAUACACUGUACUUUUUACUGCUGAGCAAUAAAACAAAGAAAACACA